CACUCAUUUAGAAAUUUAAUUAAUGAAAAUUUGAUUAAUUUGAAAUUUGAAUCGGAUAAACCGACGCAGAGAAAUUUAUUGUGCAUUGGUUACGAUGCGUUGAGAUGAGUUUAAUAGUUAUUUUUCAAUAAUUUAUCACGAUUUUCAGUAGUUAUCCAAUUUUCUGUGAUAUCAUUUUUGUUCUAUGAUGAUUAACACGUUGAUGUUAUGAAGUUUUUACGCGUUAAUUAAUCAUUGACAACCCAAUCAUAACAAAAUAUGAAUACUCAAUAUUGAGUCGCGAAAACGCGGUGAACCUUCCACAAAGAAUUGCGAACUGAGGCUCGAGUCUAGGAGGUUAUUUAUACGAAGAUAUUUCCUAAGAAGUAUGAUCUCAUCCGCACGGAAGUUGUGGAGAGACGCGAUCAACAGUUGGUUCUCAGUUCACGAAAAAUAGUUGAUGAAAUUUUUAAUAUGUGUGCAAUGUAUAAUGCACCCAUGAAAAAUAUUGCUGUUAUAAGCUAGUGAAGAAAUUACUCAUCGAAGCGUAGUUUGAUAACAUUUCACUCGCCUAGUUAAAGUGAUCAAAAUGAUUCCUCCGGAAAUAGAUGAUUGUUUUCAAGAUUCUCCUCGUUUCAGAACACUCAUUGAAAAUCAAGAAUCUGAAAUAGAAAUACUCGAACAACGACUCGAAAAAGUGAUAAAGAUGUGCUCAUCCAUGAUAGACAGUGGCAAAAAUUAUGCAAAUCAGCAGUCUCAAUUUACCAAUAGCUUAUGGGAGAUGGCUCUGUGUUUCAAAAACGAUCAGAAGUCGAAGAAAAAUUUCUCCAAGAUCAUCGAUGUGUUCCACGACAUGAACAAAUUUCAAAACAUAUUAUUGGAACAAGCCGCCAAAACAAUAUUGAAUAAUUUUAGUUCGUUUUUAAAAGAUAACAUUAAAGCUUGCAAAGAAUCCCAUCAUCAUUUCGAAAAAGUAUCCAGCGACUACGACUCUUCUUUGUUACGAAAUGCUCAAGCUUCAAAAUCACGUCCCCAAGAAGUGGAAGAAAUUGAUAACGUGUUAGCAGCAUCUCGUACGUGCUUCAGGCACACAGCUUUGGACCAUGUACGUUCAGUCACAAUGUUGAACAUGAAGAAAAAACCCGAGCUCAUGGCUGCGUUAUCAUCCUAUUUGAGAGCUUGCAAUACAUAUUUUCAUCAAGGUUAUGAUCUCUUCGGAGAGAUUGGUUCGUUUAUGAAUGAAUUAGACAACGAAAUAGGUGACAUGCAACAAGAAAAUUCUAAAAUUGAGAAGCAAUUUGGAAGUUACCAUAAUCACGUUAGUACUUACGAUAAUGAUGAAAAAAAUCGUCCGGAUGGUGGUUAUUUAAUGGAAGGAUACCUUUUCAAAAGAUCAUCGAACGCGUUUAAAACUUGGAACAGAAGAUGGUUUUAUUUGACUAACAACCAGCUUUUGUAUAGAAAAAGAACAGGAGACGAUGUUACCGUUAUGGAAGAGGAUCUAAAACUGUGUACUGUACGACCGGUUUCCGCUGAGUUUGAUCGACGAUUUUGUUUCGAAAUCCUUUCCCCUUCGAAAAGCCACAUGCUGCAAGCUGAUACCGAACAAAUGUAUCAAACAUGGAUUAAAGCUCUGCAACAAGGUAUUGGUUCGGCAAUACAAGGCAAUUCUCAUAGCCUUAAUUCGUCUGAAGAGUGUCAAAAACAAUCGAAUAAUAAUCUAUUGGAAAGUAUACCUCAAUCGCAAAAACCAAAAGUAUGGGAAAUGCUACAGAAAAUACCAGGAAAUGAUAAAUGCUGUGAUUGUGGAGAUUCAAAUCCUUGUUGGGCCAGUAUCAAUUUAGGAAUCACAUUAUGCAUUGAGUGUUGCGGCGUUCAUCGUGGUCUAGGAGUUCAAUACAGUAAAGUUCGUUCAUUGAAAUUAGACGAUUGGGAAUUGGAAAUUUUGAAAGUAAUGGCUGAGCUAGGUAACGACAUCGUCAACGAAAUAUACGAAAAAAAUGUUCCUGAAAACGUAACGCGAGCUUAUCCUAAAUGCAAAAGUGGCAUUCGCGAAGCGUGGAUUAAGGCGAAAUACAUUCAAAAAUCGUUCGUUAAAAGCAUCAACGGGAGUCCUGCUGUUCAGAAUCACAACAACAAUAACCCAGCGCGAAAAGAAGUAGCUAGAAAGUGGAGCGUACGUAAAUUGCGUCGUAGACCUCAAAAACAAUCUUCAAAAUCAAAUGAUACUAAAGAAGAUAGACAGUCAUCUGGUAGUGAAAAAUCAAUAUUAGUUUUCGGAGCGAAUAUCAACGAGCAUUUACCAGAGGCGCCUAUAUUUGUCAGUAGUGACGACGAUUCAGUUACUAGUGAAGAUGUGGCCGAAGAAGACAUAUCUAAGCUCAGCCCGAACUUGCUGCUGUAUCGAGCAUCGGGUGCGCAUAAUUUACCUGUGAUGUGCCAUGCUUUCGCUGCCGGUGCUGAUCCGAACUGGAUCAAUGUUGAAGAUGGAAAUCGAGUAGCUCUUCAUCAAGCAGUCAAGAGUGGAUCCGUUAUGGCUUGCGAAUAUCUUCUACUUAAUUCGGCUAAAAUAAAUGUUCAAGAUGCGGAUUCUAAAACUCCAUUGUAUCUGGCCACAUCUUUGAAUCAUACGUCUCAAGUUAGUUUACUAUUGAAACAUAAAGCUGAUCAACAUUUGAAAGAUAUCGAUGAUUUGAGUCCGUUGGAUGUCGCUGUGAGAGAAACAAAUGCGGAUAUUGUUACUUUAUUAAGAUUAGGACGAUUAAAUGAAGAAAUGAGGGACACUGAAGACAAUGAAAAUGAUCGAACGUUCACCGAAGUCGUCAACGAAUUCACGCAAAUGAAUAUGAAUUCGAUAAAUUUACAGAAAUAAUUUUACCCUUGUUAUAUUUUAUAUUAUAAGUUUCUUGUUCUCAACAAAGAUCAAAUUCGUUUAAUGUCAAUACGCUUAGUAACGUGUAACUUAAUUUUUUUUUUUGAACAAAUUUUCCUCAUCUUGCCAAGAUUAGCGUCUCGCGCUGGAAUGGAAGUAUUCCAUCAGUCAAUUCAUAUUUCACUCAAUUGUUUGUUAAAUGAUGACCGAACAAUGCUGUAACUAUCGGUAACGCUUCUGACUGUUUACCAUUUUGUACAACUAGGCUAGUUUUCUUUGUCCAACGAUAUUAUUCGAUAGAACUUUCUUUUUUUUAUUAUUAUUAUUUUUUUUUUUUGAAUAAAUGUGAUAAGAUGUAUGUACGAGUAAGAUGUUGUUUUGUUUUUAUAAUUUUUAUAUUAGUAUUUUUUUUUACGUCGUGAUUGGUGUGUAGAGAUGAAUUCUUCUUUCUUUUUCUAUCAUUUCAUAAUUAUUAUACCUAUUAUGUAUUUUUAUUGUUGUAUUUUUUAGAAUCAGAAUGUGAUUCGGAUUAUGAUAUUUUUGGAAACAAGGUUUCAAUACAAUUAAUUUCGGUUGACGAUCAAUUCUCAUCCGCUUACUUAUUACUCUGGUAUUAUAGACUGACUUAUCAUGAAGUGCAUACAUUGUAUAAGGUAAACCAGAUAAAUUAUUAAAUAAUUCAUCUGUACCUAUAGAUGUUCCAAGUGUAACCAUCAUUCAUUCGAUAUUUUAUAAGGUGCAAUAUUUUUAAAUACAUUAUUGUUUUAUUAUUAAAUGUACACCUAUUCA